AUAACCCAUUUCAGACAUCUUUACAACUUUCUUUUCUUUCUCAUCUGUACCUUCUAUUUCAGACAAACAAACCUGCAACAAACUUCAGUUUAUAAAAAGGGAAUCUUAUAACACCACUUGAGUUAAGGAAUCUCAGAAGAAUCUCUCUACCUUAUGGUGCUUCAUUGAUAUUUUGAAAGCAGCUUGCAUAUCUCAAUGGAAGAUAGUUUUCUUCAAUCUGAGAACACAGUUAUGGACACUGAGUUCAUGGAUGGGUUGUUACUAGAUGGUUGUUGGUUAGAGACAACAGAUGGAUCUGAGUUUCUCAACUUAACUCCUUCAACCCCUUUUGAUCCAUCUUCCUUCAUGUGGUCUCCACCUCAAGACACGUCAGCAAUCUGCACAUCAGGAGUAGUAUCCCAAACCUUUGGUCAGGAUUGUGCAGAUGAGUUUCAGUGGAACAAAAGGUGGUGGAUAGGACCAGGAGGUGGUGCCUCUUCAGUUACUGAGAGAUUGGUUCGAGCUGUUGAACACAUUAAAGAUUACACAACCGAGAGAGGCUCCCUAAUACAGUUGUGGGUUCCUGUUAAUAGAGGUGGUAAGAGAGUUUUGACCACUAAGGAACAACCGUUUAGCCACGAUCCGAGUUGUCAGAGACUUGCAAACUAUAGAGAGAUCUCUGUGAACUAUCACUUCUCUGCUGAGCAAGAUGACUCAAAGGCCUUAGCUGGUUUGCCUGGAAGGGUUUUCUUGGGGAAGCUUCCUGAGUGGACUCCUGAUGUUAGGUUUUUCAAGAGUGAGGAGUAUCCUAGAGUCCAGCAUGCUCAGGACUGUGAUGUCCGUGGAACACUAGCGAUUCCGGUGUUUGAGCAAGGGAGUAAGAUUUGCUUGGGUGUUAUUGAGGUUGUGAUGACUACUGAGAUGGUUAAACUAAAACCUGAGCUUGAAAGUAUCUGCAGAGCACUUCAGGCAGUUGAUCUUAGGAGCACUGAACUUCCUGUUCCGACUUCUCUAAAGGGAUGUGACUUAUCCUAUAAAGCUGCAUUACCAGAAAUCAGAAACCUCUUGAGAUGUGCUUGUGAGACUCAUAAACUACCUUUAGCUCAGACAUGGGUCUCUUGUCUCCAACAAAACAAAAGCGGGUGCCGUCACAACGACGAGAACUACAUCCAUUGCGUGUCAACCAUUGAUGAUGCUUGCUACGUUGGUGAUCCAACCGUCCGUGAGUUCCAUGAAGCUUGCUCUGAGCAUCAUCUCUUGAAAGGCCAAGGAGUGGCAGGACAAGCCUUCUUGACCAACGGUCCUUGCUUUUCCCCUGAUGUCUCUAACUACAAGAAGUCAGAGUACCCUCUCUCUCACCAUGCUAAUAUGUACGGUUUACAUGGCGCUGUUGCUAUACGCCUGCGCUGCAUCCACACUGGCUCUGCUGAUUUCGUAUUGGAGUUCUUUUUGCCUAAGGACUGUGAUAAUUUAGAGGAGCAGAGGAAAAUGUUGAAUGCUCUUUCUACCAUUAUGGCUCAUGUGCCUAGAAGCUUGAGGACUGUUACGGAUAAGGAGCUAGAAGAAGAGAGUGAAGUGAUAGAGAGGGAGGAGAUAGUAACGCCAAAGAUAGAGAACGCACAGGAGAUACAUCAUCAGGGUCUUGGAAUGGUAUUUGAUGGGGGAGACAAGCCAAGUGAUGGGUUUGGUUUGAAAAGAAGUUUUGAUUACACCAGAGAGGCUCAUAUCAAUGAGAGCAGCACUUUCACAAGUGGUGGUUUCAGUAGUAUGGCUGAGAAAAAACGUACAAAAGCGGAUAAAACCAUCACGUUGGAUGUUCUUAGACAGUAUUUUGCAGGGAGUCUGAAAGAUGCAGCCAAGAGUAUUGGUGUUUGUCCAACGACGUUGAAGAGGAUAUGCAGGCAACAUGGUAUACAGAGAUGGCCAUCAAGAAAGAUAAAGAAAGUGGGACAUUCUCUACAAAAGAUCCAACGAGUGAUUGAUUCUGUUGAAGGUGUUUCAGGUCCUCUUCCUAUAGGCUCCUUUUACGCGAACUUCCCCAACUUAGAACCAUCCCAACAAGCUAAAACCUCACCUCCUCCUCCUCCACCGUUACAGCUUUCAAAGUCACCUGUUUCCCAAUACAGUCACAGUUCAAGCUCUAGCCAAUGUUGUUCCAGCGAAACCCAACUAAACAGCAGCGCAACAGCCCAUCCUUCUCAACCUGAAACUUUCAAGAAGGUGAGCAGCGAAAUCGAUCUUCAGAGUUCAAGUCUUGACCAGACAGUACUGACUCUCUCUAGUUUAGAAAACAUCCCUCAUGGCACCAACUUGUUAUCAUCAUCAUCUCAAGAUGAUGACUCUCUGAGGAUUAAAGUUAGCUACGGAGAAGAGAAGAUCAGGUUCAGGAUGAAGAACUCACGGAGGCUAAGUGAUCUACUGUGGGAGAUAGGGAAGAGGUUUAGCAUAGAGGAUAUGAGCAGGUAUGAUCUAAAGUACUUAGAUGAAGACAAUGAAUGGGUUUUGUUGACAUGUGAUGAAGAUGUAGAAGAGUGUGUAGAUGUUUGCAGAACCACACCGAGUCAUACCAUUAAGCUUCUGCUUCAUGCUUCUUCUCAUCUUUUGCCUGAACGUUCUUCACCUACAGGUUACACUUUAUGGCAAUGACUAUAAAGAAGAGUUUAUAGGACAUGGCACAAAAGCUUGUGCCAUUGUGUUCUGUUAUAAUUGUUCAUAAAAUUUAAAUGUUGUGCUUCUUUUUUUUUGUUGGAAAGGAUUGUUAGGAGAUGCUUUGUGUUUUGUUUUAUAAAACGCAGCAGAGAGAAGAAUAACAUGUAAAGAUCCUUUCUUCCUAAGAUAUUGAAGAUGUUUUUUUUCUUCUGUAAUUCCUUUGUCAAAUGUAGAUAUAUUAAAG